AUGUCACAUACACCCAUUUCAGGAGUGCAUAAUCCAUCGCCAUAUCUUCGUCGUUAUCGCUUACCAGCAAUUAAUUCAAGUGCGACAGUUGCCGCUUACGAUGAUCUAUUAAGUCCUAUUGAUAAUUGCGCCAAAUUAGCAUUCAUUUCGACGCUUAAUUUUCAAAAUAAGCAAUUUUGUAUUUCGAAACCAAAUAUACCACCAAAUACUAGAAUGAUCGAUGAUAAUAACAUGGAGUUAAAUUGCGACAAAACAAAUUCUACUAGGACAUCUGCCAUUUCAUAUAUUGAUUCAUCAUCACCCGAUCAAGGUAAUCCAUUGACUAAAUCAGCGAUUGAUUUUGAAUUUCGAUUUGUUGCAACGGAACUGGAAAAGAAAUGUCAUGAAUACGAUCGGAUUGCCCAAAUGACAAGUAUGACAAUAGGUAAUACUACUAAUGGAACACGGAAAAGUGAUGAGAAAAUGUUGUAA